AACCUGGAGGCGGGUCUUAGUGCUGUCAGUCAUGCCCAUGUAUGCUCUGAUAAAUGCGCUAAUGUUGGAAAAACAAUUUACCUUCACAGGACAGCUGUUAAUCUGUCAUCAUCUGUGGCUAUGCUUACUAGCAUUAGCAUUCAUGACCGGCUCUGCUGUGGUGAACCAGCUGUGUAGUAAUGAGAAAGAGGGAGCUUGUGAGCAGCACGUGCAGGAGAGUGAUUGACAGCACUAAGACCCUCCUCCUGGUUCUGAUUGGUUGUUGUUGAUGGCACUGUGUAUUUAUUGACAUGACAGCAGAAUAUAGGGAGAUUUUUUACACAGAUUAUCUGCCUCAUAUGCUUUUCUGUUUCCAUUGAGCGUUUUUUUUUUUGGUUUUCAAUAGCUAAUAGCAAUAGUCAUCAGAAUUAACAUAAAUGCUUAAAGGGUGCCACGUUUUAUGUAAUGUAUUGCAGACACUCUUCAAAUGAUCCCUCGUUUUUAAGAAAAUGUUCUAAUUUCUAAUAGGAGUUAUUUUCUUCAACACCGUCCACGAUCGGACUAAGUGUGGAGAAUUUAAAUGAGAAUGUGUAAAUACAAAAGGUCCUUUGAGAACAACAAUUUACUGUUCACUUCUUAUUUUAUAAAUACAAAUAGAAAAGUUGCAAGCAGUUCUAAACGGGUUCCAAGCCCAACCCAACAAGUCUGUCUCUGGCCACGCCCCCACUGCACUCAAACUCCUCACCUCAUUUUGUCAGAAUGUGGCUAAGGAAAAUCAAAGGUGCAUCAAAAACAAAUGCAGAGAUGCUUGUUUUAAGUGGAACUAAUAUUGCAGAGAGAUCUAGAACGUGAUAACUGAUAAAGGUAAUGUUUGCCUCCUGUUGUUCAUCCCUCCUGUAGCUGAGAGGAGGCAUCAAGCACACAGCAAUGCUAAGCACAGAGAGAAACUGAAACUGAAUAUUUAGCAGCGUCACUAACUCCCUCUGUCCCAACAACAGAUUAAUGAUGUCAGAACAUACGUCUUUGGGGUUUUGUUCCUGUCCAGAAAAGAGUUGUGACCUCUUCCUGACACAGAACUUCACCACCUUCAGCUUUUACAUUUUAGCCUGGGAUCGAACAAAGACAUCAGUGAUGAUGAGACCACAAGCAUGGAGAGCCAUUUGCUGCCUGAAGUUCAGAGUUAUCUACCUCCUCUUGACUUUGAAUGUCGUAAUUCUGCUGAUGUACGGAGACAAUUAUUUAAGAACACGUGAUGUAACCAAGGGAAAAUCCACCACCCGUGUUGCUAAAACCAGCUGCUCCUUCCAUUCACUAUCACCUAAGGAGGCUCAAGUGGCACAUUUUCUGAAACACUCAAUCGCCUGGCCCGAAACGCUUUCUUUGCCCCGUCACCUCUUCUUGAAUGACACCAGUGAUCCUGCUCAGAGUACCUUCACCAUUCUCCCACACAAACGGGGAAGUUGGUUUGUAGGGGACCAGCUGGAGGUUUUGAUAAAAGUGUCCGACUUCUAUGGUCGCCCCAAAACGUCCGGCGGAGACUUCCUGCUUGCUCGGCUGCACAACCCUACUCUUAACGCAGGUGUGGCGGGGCGAGUUUUUGAUCAUCGCAAUGGUACCUACACUGCUGUGUUCCCUUUACUAUGGGAAGGAAGCGCACAGGUUGAGGUGACUUUGGUCCACCCUAGUGAGGGAAUCGCCGUGCUGGAAAAACUGACCCGAGAGCAACCCGACAGAAUCUAUUUCCGCAGUUUUUUCCGUUUGGGUUCAGUGUAUAAAACCACAACCUGCAACAUAUGCCUCAAUUCAAGUCGGAGGCUGUGCAACUACACUGAUCCCAGCACAGGCGAGCCCUGGUUCUGCUACAAGCCAAAGAAUUUGAGAUGUGAUGCCAGGAUCACCCACUCCAAAGGAGGAUUCAGAGUUUAUCUCAGGCCAAUGGAGGAAGAGCUCUUUCAAAGUGGUGUCAACUUGAAGGUCUCCAUUCCAGCUUCAGGACCUGCACACAUCCAAGUUCUGAGUCAAUUUGAUUUCUUUUACAGAUCAGGUUUCAACUUUCCUGGGGACUUUCCUGGUGUAGCAAAAAAAACUAUGCAGUUUACCCCCUCUGGUUAUUACUACCAAGGUGCUUGGCGGCCACUAGAUGGCACCACCGUUCACCAGUUUCACUCCAUCACAGCAAUCAGCCAGUGUCUGAAAAACAAAGCAGUCCACCUGUAUGGAGACUCCACCAUUAGACAGUGGUUUGAAUAUUUAAACCAUUCGCUACCAGAUCUCAAGGAGUUUGACCUGCGGAGUUCCAACCAAACCGGACCGUUCCUGGCUUUGGAUUAUGCAAACAACAUUUUAUUGACGUUCCACAGUCAUGGCCCUCCUAUCCGUUUUCGCGUCGUCCCUGUCAGUCAUCUACAUUAUAUUGCCAAUGACCUGGACCGCGUGGUUGGGGGAACCAAUACAGUUGUAGUUAUUGGCAUCUGGUCUCACUUCAGCACUUUCCCCAUUGAGGUCUACAUCCGACGUCUGCUGAACAUUCGGAAAGCGGUUAUGCGGCUGUUGAGCAGGUCUCCAGAUACUCUUAUCAUCAUCCGGACCGCGAACCCCAAAGCGUUGACGCUAUACGAGACAUUGACCAACAGCGACUGGUUUUCGCUACAGCGUGAUAAGAUCCUCAGGGCAAUAUUCAAAAGAAUGAAAGUCAAACUAGUGGACGCCUGGGAGAUGUCUGUAGCCCACCACCUGCCACACAGCCUCCACCCACAACCUCCCAUAGUUGAGAACAUGAUAGAUGUUGUUUUAUCUUACAUAUGCCCCAAAACAGAGAAUUUAUAAAGAACUUUCUUGAAUGUGUUUUCUAUUGUCUUCUGUGGUGAACAUUGUCUGUGAACAGAUAACAGUUUUAUAAUAAUACAUUUUCCAAGCGGACUAAUAAAAUCUAACUGAAGUCA